GCUCGGAUUUACUAACACGCACAGUAAAAUCUCCAUGAGUCGAAUCCCAGGGGCCUCCACUGACCUGGGGAGGAUUAAAUUCCCUGACUCUCGAUGCCUGGGGAAGGUUUAGGCUGACGGACACUAUCGGAAGUGACGCAGAAUGGCGGCGCCAAAAAAGGCAAUGGUGCCGAAUGGCGAGGCCCCGGACCCGGCCGAGGUCGAGUUGGGUUUCGUGGAGCCAGCGGCCCCGGCGCGGCUGCUGAGCUCGCAGUUCCCCAGUAAGGUGGGUGGGCGGCCGGCCUGGCUGAGUCUCCAGCUCCCGGACCCCGAGCGGCUGCUGUGCGCCGGCUGCGCGCGGCCGAUGGUUUUCCUGUUGCAAGUGUACGCGCCUCGGGGCCCCGCAUUCCACCGCACGCUCCUCGUCUUCUGCUGCGCGGCCCCGGCCUGUCCCCGCCGCCGAUUCGCCGCUUUCCGGAGCCAACUUGGGCGGAUCAACGACUUCUACCCAGCCGAGCCCGAACCCGAGUCCGAGGCUGUCCCGGGGCCUAGGCCCGGCCUCCGGCUUUGCCGCGUGUGCGGGGCCUCGGGGCCCAAGAGCUGCUCCCGCUGCCGCUGGGCCCAUUACUGCGGGAAGGAGCAUCAGAGCCUGGACUGGAGAGCGGGGCAUCGAGAGGCCUGUGGGCAGCUGGGUGAAGCAGCUGGCAGUUUGUCGUCUCCCAACAUCCUUUUCCCAGAGUUUGAAUUGGUGAUGGAACUUGAGAACUCGGAGGACCAGAAGCCAGAAAAUCUUGCGCGUGUGGAAUCCUUGUCGGCAGCAGAAAGUGAUUGUGUGACUGAAGACAUAGACGAGCAGGAGCUGGAGGCCAUGGCAAGACAUGAGUUGAGGGAAGACCGCAUCUUUGCUAAGUUUAAGAGGAGGAUAGCACUGGCACCUGAUCAGGUGCUGCGUUAUUGCAGAGGAGGAAGUCCAUUGUGGGUGUCUGGGGAGAACAUACCCUCUGAAACAGAUAUCCCCAACUGUUCAUGUGGAGCCAAGCGUGAAUUUGAAUUUCAGGUGAUGCCACAGUUGCUAAACCACUUGAAAGUGGAUUGCCUCGAUGAGAGUUUGGAUUGGGGAACACUCAGUGUUUACACUUGUGAGCAAAGCUGUGAUCACAGCAAUCUGUAUAGUGCAGAAUUUCUCUGGAAACAGGACUUCUCUCCAGAUCAGCUGUAAUUAUUCAUUGCACAGGAACAUGGCUACCCAUUGUUUCAAGCAAUCGUUUCCUCUGCAACACCGUAGCUUCUCAGACUGAAAACUUACCGAUUUGGGAGAGAUCUCGAUUGUGGAAGGUUUCAAUCUCAUCACACACUGAUUUUAUACUACAGUUUUUAAGUAAUUCCUGCUGAUUGAAUUUCAACUAUUUGAUCCAAGGGGAACAUCACAGUCUGAGAUCAAUGGAGCUGAUGUUUCCAGGCAUCUUUACUAUCUGCAAGUUUAAGUUACGUGCUGAAAAAUUGUAAGAUACUGUACAGACAAAAAUGAGUAACUACCUGGAGUCUUAAGGAGAGGGGAGCACAAGGAACAAUCCUAUGGCAUGGCAGGUCAGGUUGGCAUCAUGUUCAUUGGCUUUCCCCCCACCCCUAAUGUCAACUGUCAUUGGAGUGCAGGAGGGUGAGGGAAAGCUGGCACUUGUGUUCAGCAAAGAUUGCAGUGACCGUUGUUGGGAAAUAGAAAUACUUUGCUCCUGUCAGACCAAAAUGCCCACAUUCAGUUGCAUGUCAUAUAGCCUAUUUUGUAAGCAUCAACAGUUCACUUGCCUUUUAUAAAAUUAAAUGACUUUUAUUAGAAAUGCAAAUUAAUUCAUUUUUAAACAAAAGUUUAAACAUUGCAGGUUGUUUAUUUUCAGUACGUGAUCUGCUGAGUGAAGGAUCUUAAAGGCAGCAGAAUGUGGAGAUAAACUUGAGAGGAAUCAGGAUUGUGCUUUUAAAUAAUGUUCGUAGUUUGCUUGUAAGAGGAAUUCAAAGUAGGAACUGGAUCUCAGGGUUACCAGAUAAUCAGACUGUAGCAAGUCCUUUACUUCAGGCAGAUAAUAUUUCAGUUGAACUCCUAAAAUGAAAGACAUUUGAAAAGAGUCAGAGCCACUACACACCCGUCUACCAAGAUCAACAAAUAUAGCAGGUGGAUGAGGAACACUAGCUACUGCAGCUCCUCCACUCUGGAACCUGUUGAAGGUUCAGUUUAAGCACCACCCCAGGGACUCAAGCACAUAAUCCAGCACAUACCCACAUGAACUGAUUACAUUUCAUAUACAGAGAUUGAUAAGCAAUUGCGCAGGAUCCCCAAUAAAGCAAUUUGUUGCUAUAAGGAACACUGACAAAAAACAGUGAGCUUAAGGUCAGUGCGUGAUUACUGAUCCAACAUUUAGUAUCAAGCUGCUAGGAGCCCGUUUAACCUAACACUCACCUUCAUCCAUGAGCUUUUCUAUGACCUUUAUCAGUACAGUCGCCUUUGCAGCUUCAAUUGGAUCAGCCUUUACAUCAAAAGACCAACUGAACAAAAACAAACAGAACAUUGUCUAGUGAGUCUGUGUUAAUUGAGAGUUCAACAACCCAUUGGGGAUGGCAUUUUCUGGCAAAGGGAAUAACUAAUCUGAAACAGCCAGCACAGGAGUAACUGACUUUAUACAUGGGGGAAAGGCUCCCACCAGAAGGUUGGUUUGUUCAAACAUUUAAUAUAUUAAUUCGCUAAAAUAAUUACACCUGCACAAUCCCAACUCUCCCCACAACACAUCACUUGGGGCAAGAAAGUCAGGUGCUGCAAUUUGGAAUAGUGUCAUUAGAGGAUUGACCGAGUCAAACCAACAGCUGGAAAAUGGAUUUGGUGGGAGGGAAGAGUGAGGUCAUUGUCAAAAAUUAAAAGGCUAAUAAUAGCUGCUUAAAUUAAAAAGCUUUCAUUAUAAAUGAUCUAACAAUGUAAGCAGGGCUUUACAAAGCAAUGCAGGCAAUAGUUUUAUAUUUGUGACUAGACAGCCUCAUUUUAAUACAUAUGUUGAGAUAAGGGAAGAUAGAGAAUCGAUAAUGCACAUACUCAUCUCUCUGAAUAGCUCGACAGAAGAUUUCCAGUUUCAAUGAAUCAAUGUUGACAUCAGCAUCAAGACCUUCCUCCUUUAGAGAAUAGACAGAAAACACAAUCAGCCUCCAAAAAUAAUUUAACAAGGGCCUGCUGCUGUGCUCCUCCACAUGCGCUUUUUCCCCUUUAGUUUCUGCCUCAGUUGCCAAAGCAAUUACUGCAUUUCACAGCUGCACAACUCAUGCAAAUAAAAUUCUCCUGCUCUCCAUCUCAAGUCUCUUACAUAUGUCCCCCAUUUGCUGGAAAUCAGUGUUGUUUCUCUACUCCGUCACAUAAGUAAUACAUUCAAAAAAAUCCCCUCAUUUUUCCUCCUAUACAAAUGCAGUGCUGUAUUUCCCUGGGUACCUCAAGAGAGGGAAUCUUCACAAAAGUCUACAUAGUGGGCACCUGCAAAAGUCCUGCCUCUGCCCUAAAAACUGAAAUUGCCAACAGAAAAGAAAAGCUAACUUGAACAGAAGAAUGUUUGUUUCAUUGCAAUGCAACUUUUAUUUUGAGUGUUUCUAUGAACUAAAAUGAAUUCUUGGAACACCACAAGAUCAUGGCAAAAGCCACACUGGUGAUACCUGGGGUUGUGGUGUUUGGAGCUCAUCAAAUCACAUUCAAGGAGAAUUAUAGGCAGAGGUUUCCUCAAUUGGCUGCAACAUUUCCUGUUGUCUCUCCUGCAGGUGGUUUGGGGUUGGUGGGGGCAGAGUAAGGGGCUGUCCAAGUGAAGGAGUGGGGCAAAACAUCUAUGGGCCUGAUGCCUUUCCUUUUCCUAAGUAACUAAAUAUUUUGAGGCAUUAGUACAAAAAUGGUGAACCCAGAUUCAAGGAAAUAAAGAAUCUUUGUAACUAGAAUACUUAAGGUUGAAAAUUGGCUGAAAUUUUUGGAAGGAACAAAACAGAAUAAAUGCUUACAACUAA